AUGAAGAAGUCCACGUUGCUCUCGCUGGACGCAUUUGCUAAGACAGAAGAGGACGUAAGAGUCCGCACCAAGGCCGGCGGUCUGAUCACUCUAUCGUGCAUCUUGACCACGCUAUUUCUGCUGGUGAACGAGUGGAGGCAAUUCAAUUCUGUGGUAACAAGACCACAAUUAGUGGUUGACCGUGACCGUCACGCAAAGUUGGAGCUUAAUAUGGACGUAACUUUCCCCUCAAUGCCGUGUGACCUGAUAAACCUCGAUAUUAUGGAUGACUCCGGAGAGUUGCAAUUAGACAUCCUUAACGCUGGGUUCACAAUGACCAGGUUAGAUAAAGAGGGCCGCCCUGUGGGAGAUGUUGCUGAGUUGCAUGUAGGUGGAAACGGCGAUAGCACCGCGCCACUUAAUGACGAUCCCGACUAUUGUGGACCAUGUUACGGUGCUAAAGAUCAGACCCAGAAUGAGAAUCUGGCACAGCAAGACAAAGUUUGCUGCCAAGACUGUGAUGCAGUAAGAUCCGCGUAUCUGGAGGUAGGCUGGGCCUUUUUUGAUGGCAAAAAUAUCGAGCAGUGUGAAAAGGAGGGCUAUGUAAGCAAGAUCCACGAGCACUUGCAUGAAGGUUGCAGGAUUGACGGGUCUGCACAGAUCAAUAGGAUUCAGGGGAAUCUUCACUUCGCCCCCGGAAAACCGUAUCAGAAUAAAUAUGGUCAUUUUCAUGACACUUCCUUGUACGAAAAGACCCAAAACCUAAACUUCAACCACAUCAUCAACCAUCUAAGCUUCGGGAAGCCAAUUCAGUCACAUCAAAAGUUGCUAGAAAACGACAAGCACCACGGCGGUGCCACCGUUGCCACUUCUCCCUUGAAUGGGCGCCAGGUGUUUCCGGAGAGGGAUACGCACUUUCAUCAAUUCUCUUAUUUUGCCAAGAUUGUCCCGACUAGAUACGAGUACUUGGACAAUGUCGUCAUUGAGACUGCACAGUUCAGCGCUACGUAUCACUCCCGGCCUCUCCGCGGUGGGAGAGACGAGGAUCACCCAAACACGAUCCAUUCCAGAGGUGGUAUCCCUGGUUUGUUCGUGUUCUUCGAAAUGUCUCCACUAAAAGUCAUCAACAAGGAGCAGCACGGUCAGACUUGGUCUGGCUUCAUUCUGAAUUGUAUCACCAGCAUCGGUGGUGUCCUAGCUGUGGGCACCGUCAUGGACAAGAUUUUCUACAAGGCACAGAGAUCUAUCUGGGGCAAGAAGAGUCAGUAG